UUUUUUAUAAGCCAAUGCAAAUGUCCUUACUUGUACGUUUACCAGGAUGCAAAGCCCAGACACGCGCUGCUCUUGAGUAAGCCACUCCUCCUAAAACUCAUGCAAAGCACACAGUACAGGCGGAAACAGCUAACUAGCUGGCUAUUAUUACGUGCAUACGCCUAAACCCAAACUUCCUUUAAAAUGUGCGAGAACCGACAAGUGAUAUUAUAACAGCAUAUUAUAUAUUAUAUGUAAUACUGGGGCGUGUACGAAAUGAUAUGCUUCAAACGUAUAUAGUCAUAAUAUACAGCACAUGCAUAAACAUGCACUUAGUUUCUUACACCGAUGCGCACGAACCUAUAAUUUAACCACAUACUUUUCACAUUUUGACGUCCUCGUCAAUGCCUGAUCUAAAUUACAUAAACAUUAUUUGCUUACGUAAAAACACAAACCAAACACAUAUCCGGUAUUAAUCACUAAAAUAAUGAAGUCAUUACCAGUACUAUAGAGUGACUAUUUGUGUGUGUAUUUGUUGAAUUUUUGAGAGAAGUGAUUUCGGCAAGAAAUCGGUCCUCCGUGUGUGGGUCCUCGAGACUUCAUAUGGAGAAGUUUAGUUGAUAUCCUAGGAAGUGACACAUUUUAACAAAAGCACGGACUAAUCUGCAAUGACUGUAGUAAUUGGGUUUGAGGGCAGUGCCAAUAAGAUUGGCAUUGGUAUCAUCAGGGAUGGCAAAGUGCUUUCCAACCCUCGGCGGACGUACAUUACCCCUCCUGGUCAAGGCUUCUUACCAAGUGACACAGCCAGACAUCAUCGCUCUGUUGUACUGACUGUCUUGAAGGAGGCUUUGGAGCAAGCUGGACUGAAACCUUCAGACAUAGACUGUGUGGCGUACACAAAAGGUCCUGGCAUGGGUGCUCCCUUGGUGACAGUAGCGUUGGUGGCCCGCACAGUGGCCCAAUUGUGGGGUAAGCCUCUCCUAGGUGUCAAUCACUGUAUUGGGCACAUCGAGAUGGGCCGACUUAUCACUAAAGCCAAUAACCCUACUGUGCUUUACGUGAGCGGUGGAAACACACAGGUCAUUGCAUACUCUCAACGCCGCUACAGGAUAUUUGGGGAAACUAUAGACAUCGCAGUUGGCAACUGUUUGGACAGGUUUGCCAGAGUCAUCAAGAUUUCAAAUGACCCCAGUCCCGGCUACAACAUAGAACAGAUGGCCAAGAAAGGCACUCAGUAUGUGGAGCUUCCGUAUACAGUAAAAGGAAUGGAUGUGUCAUUUUCUGGGAUUCUGUCAUACGUUGAGGAAGCUGCUCAUAAGAUGCUUGGCUCUAGUCAGUGCACAGCAGCGGACUUGUGUUUCUCCUUACAGGAGACUGUGUUCUCCAUGCUGGUCGAAAUCACAGAGAGGGCCAUGGCGCACUGCGGCUCCCAGGAAGUCCUCAUUGUUGGUGGUGUUGGCUGUAACGUGCGUUUGCAAGAGAUGAUGGGAGUGAUGUGCUCAGAAAGAGGUGCUAAACUUUUUGCCACAGACGAAAGAUUCUGCAUUGACAAUGGCGCAAUGAUCGCUCAAGCCGGCUGGGAAAUGUUUCGAUCUGGCCAAGUGACUGAGCUGGAGGACUCAUGGAUCACACAGAGGUACAGAACAGAUGAAGUGGAGGUGACGUGGAGAGAUUGAUCAGUGGAAACAUUUGCUCAGUCACAUAAGCAUCUUGGGAACAAAUGUGGACUCCAACUUGACUCCCAGGUAGCUGCCUAAACUGCAGCAUCAGCAGGGUGAUACCGUGCAUCUGACAAGUUCUAUAGCUGAAAGACGGAACUCUAGUGUGUGGAGGUGGGGAGUUGAGCCAUUGAUGAGAUCAACUUUCCUUAAAUGGACCACUCACCACCUCCUGCACACUCAAGGCCUGCCAAGAAAACCUGUUUUACCAUCAGCAAUGGGACAAUACUCUACUUCCAAGUGGCCAUUUGAUGUUUCGUCCUUUUAAAAAGACACCUGUUGCCAAAUGUUACACACUUAGAAGAUAAUCCAGAGGGUAAAAAGUCUAAUUCCCAAUAAAUAAACAGUCGCAUGUCAUGUUUAUUCAUUUUUAUUAAGCAAUACUGUUCACUUACAUUCCUCCUCCAGUGUAAAUUUUCUCAAAAAAAAAAUCAAUAUUUAACACUGAGCUCCCUUAUGGAUUUAUGAGCAACAUUCACCUGAUUAGAAACCAAAUAAAGAAAAAACAGGGGAAAACAGCAUUAAGAUCUGACAGAAUUAAAGGGCGAAUUCUACUGUGCUUUUGAAUACACCCCUCUGUAAACCGAAGACAUUAACAGUAAAACUAGCAGGUAGAAGACACCUCGAAUGGAGUUAGGAGUGGGUGAAGAAAAAAAAAAUCACUGAGUUUCUCACACAGGGAUUGGUCAUAACAGAUUUAUCUUUUAAGAAAGUGCUUGAUUGACCACUCGCUUUACACGGGACAGUUUCAAAAAAAAAAAAAA